AUGAUUUUAAAACGCACAUUACUUACCUGUACCCUUGCCGCGGUGCUUUGGUUCAAUACCGGGUUUGGACUACCGAUCGAAAGUGCAAAGGAUGGCACGGAUACUAUCGCCAAUGCGGAAGAUGAAUAUAAUCCACAAUGUCUACCUUUGGACUACCUCGAAAACGGACAAUCCGAGGAAACGAGAGUAAAGCGAGACGAUACAGCAAUCGUAGCAGCAGAGGAAACAGCAAAGCAAACCGAAGGGGAUGAAUUGGUAGCUCAACCGGGCUUUGUUGCACCAGCCAGAAGAAGGCGACCCUGUUUCGGUAGAAAUAAAAACUUUACGAAAGAUUGUGGUCCACGUCGCAAGGCUUACAGAGUAAAGAAUUUUGUCAUGGCACCAAACCCAAGGCCUCUCUUUGUCAGACGGGGCAGAGUUUAACACACACACACACAAACUCUAAUGGAUUAAAUUUUCUCUUCCAUUUCUUAAAGAGAUUUAAAAU